AUGUCCCAGUACGGGAGCUUUAAGGAUUUCUGCCGCGAUGCUGGCAACAGGGCGGCUACAAUUCCAGUCUGCAAUCUCUUCUCCCUGUCGCCCGCGAAAAGCGGCUCCAAUGCCGCCGGCUUUGGAGGUGGCUGCGAUUUGACGGGCAUUUCGCUAAGCAACGGCCGGCAUCUCGCAAACUUGGGCUCCAUCCUGCUCUGCGGCAUCGCGAUCGCGGUGAGCGCGCUGUUACUAUGGCGCUCGGAACGAAAGAAGGCUGCCGUCGGGCGCAGGGAGAUGCAACUCUUCCUUCUUGGAUACAUCAUCAUCUCAAUCUGUGAAAUCUUCACCGUCGGAGGCUUCCCGCUUGACGGCGCCGUCCGCAGAGGUUUCAGCGCGGUCCACAUUGCGGCCGUAGUCGCUACAGCUUGGAUACUGCUCCUCAACGCUGCCGUCGGGUUCCAGCUGCUCGACGAUGGAACUCCCCUUUCGAUAGGCCUGAUCCUGACGUCGUCGGCGAUUCUCUUCGUCGGCACUGGAUACAUUGCUCUCGACACAACCUUCGAAUGGACUGGCUACUGGAAUGAUACGUUGACUACCGCAAAGUCGUAUUCCUUGUACACUCUCUAUCAGCUGGUCCCGUUGGUGUUCAUCGUCAUCUUUUUCGUCAUGGAAACCUAUUUGGUCCUCCGCGUCCUCGGCGAGAAGAAGCCCAUGAUCUAUCUGGCGGGCGCCGCACUUCUGUUCGCGCUUGGACAAAUCUUCCAAUACGUGAUCAGCGUGCACCUCUGCAAUGCUUCGAACGGCAAGAUCAACGGCGGUCUUUUUGAAACAUUCUUCACGCUCUGCGCCAUAGCAAUGGUCUGGGUGUUCUGGUCCAGCAUCACAGAAGAUGACUGGCCGAUGCCCAAUACCGGAGGCGCCUAUACAUAA